GUUAUACCUAGCGGACACCUCAUUGAACUCCUUUGCAUCUCAAACACUUUGCUCAGAAAGCACAGUCUUGGAGAACACCUCUGAUGGGUGAAGACACUCCUCUCCCAACAAGCAUUAAAACGCUUAUUUUUGCAAAUAAAUUAUUUUACUGCUAAGGACCUUGUGUAGCUUUAACAAGGUUCUAACAGCGACCCAGUCACCAAUAGAUGGCUUUGAUGUUUUGGGUUGAAUGGCGCAGCCUUCUAACCCUAAACCCAAUGUUUAAAUCAAUUCAUAGAUCUUCCCUUUUUUAGUUAGUGGGCUAAUCAGUCCUUAAUGAAAUGGGCUCCUAGUUUCGAUUAUAGUCUCGGGGAAGAAGAAACGAAGAACACCAUAAAUGGUUUUUUUUCCUUUUUCUUUUUGAAAAUCAGAACUGAAUUUGGGGAGAUUUUGGACUUCAAUUCGUGUUUCAAGAGCUGCUGCAAUUACCUGAUCAAAGCAAGAUGUUAGCUUGGUCGAAAUCGAUUGGUCGCUGUACAGUUUCCUUUAUCUCCGUUUUGCUUACUCAGUUGGCUUUGUUUUUGGUUCCUCUCUUCUUCUCAGCUUCUCCGAUCCUCAUUCAACUCACACUCUCAGCUUUAGUUUUGGUUGUAGUUCUGGGAUUUGGAGGGUGGUGUAAACGGCUUCUUGGAUUCAAUGCAUCUGCUCCAGCUUUUGUUUUCUGCAGUAUAUUUUUUAUCUGGGGUGUUUAUAUUGCUAUUGUUCGACAAGCGAUUUCACCUGUUAUGGACGUCGUGCUCAAUGUAGAGAUGAUCAUGCUCAUCAUUGGUCUUUUUAGGAUUAUGCUGAAGGAUCCUGGUUUUGUGGUUUGUGAGUCCUUUUCGUUGGACGAACUCAAUGAAAAUUCUGUUCUUGGUGUGCAAACUCACAAUGAGAGUUCUCUUUUGCAAAUGAGAGCAAGAUACUGUAAGAGCUGCCAGACAUAUGUGCAGGGCUUUGACCACCACUGCCCUGCUUUUGGAAACUGUAUUGGUCAGAAGAAUUAUGUCCUCUUUAUGGUUCUUCUGGUUGGAUUUAUUACUGCUGAAAUUUCUUACAUUGUUUGCUCAUCCCAGUUUGCUUCAAAAUUUCGAGUUUUGGAAGAAAAUAGAGUGGAGAGCGGUUCCAUUUUAGUAAUGGCUAGAAGCACAUUGCUAUUUUGUGUUCUUCAAGUGCUAUGGCAGGGACCUUUUUUGAUAUGGCAUGUCUACUGCAUAUGUUUCAAUAUCAGAACUGAAGAGUGGGUAAACUGGAAGAAGUAUCCUGAGUUCCAACUUAAUGCCUCAUCUUUAUCAGGAGAGAAUUAUCAAGAGACAAGUUUUAAAAAUCCGCACAAUAAAGGAAUCCUGCAAAAUGUCAAGGAGUUCUUAACAUUGAAAUGAUGGAAGUGUUACGGCCUGUCUUGCUCUUGGUGCCUUCCCAAGUUGUUCUGUAUCUUCAUGCUUAGCUGCAGUUUUCGUUGGGGACAGUCCUCGCUUCUCAAACACGGGUGCAAAGUUUCAAUAUUUGGUUUUGCUGGACAUGCCUUUAGAAGGUCAUCAUUAGUCUGCGACAUAUUUGGUGCAUUGCAGGUAUGCGACCUGUAUAUUGUGGUUAGAUAUUAUCUCUAAUUUUGGCCAUUGAUUGGGAAAAAGUUGAACUGGCAAUUCUAACGGCCAACCCAGAAAAAAUUUCCAAGUUAAGGUAGCAUAGAGAAAAUUAUUACAGUUAAUUACCAUGAGAUAGAAUAGUUAUCAAAGAAGAAGAAUCAAGGAUUUUAUAAUUAAUAAGGCAGAAACUUAGAUUACUAUUGCCCUUAUGUCAUUUUUUUCGGUUUUAUGAGAGAGAAAUGGGUGAAGGUGAGUUGCUUGCUAUAGCUAUGAUAUUGCCGGUUAUUUUCAAUAGCCAUAAUAGCCUUUUAAGAUCAAACCUGCAAUAGCCUUGUUGGAUAUGGCUUGUUGUUGUUAGAUAUGGUGAUAGGGUUCUCCCUUUUUGAUAAUUUCAAAUGUUCAUCAAAUUUCAUAGUAGGAAGUAACAUGAUUAUUGCUGAUCUGUUGCCCUAAUCUUUUAACAUACUAUGGUCUACUUGCUUGGUUUUUCUUUUUCCCUCCCCUUAAUUAGUAGCUCAACCUUUUGUCCAUUAACAACUAAGAUUAGCACCGCAAUGUGUAAUGAACGUAAAUGAGUUGCGAAUAUAAAUAUAUGGAGCGUUGAAUAUACAUACUUGGGGCACAUCGAUCAAACUAAAGGAAUGAGCUUGGUCAAUGUUCAUGGCUGCCAUUUUGAUCACAUAAAACAAUUCAGAAACUGAAGCAUUAUCCUUGAGGUAUCAUGUUGGGGCUCACAUAGAUUGACUAAUCUGUUAUCUGUAUAUUUUGUAGACGAUGGAUUUUGUCUAGCUCUAAAUUAGAACAUUUGCCUACAAGUUCAAUCAUUUGUUGAUUUUAAACUCUGAAUUAUUGUUGAUUUAGACUAGAAUAUUUGACUUUGUGAAAUUGAAUUUUGGACUUUUGAAA